AUGGCGGAGCCAGUCUUCAUCGCUGCAGUCGCUGCGGUAGUCGCCGUUCUUCUUCGUAUCGCAUAUCUCCAGCUCCUGCCGAAACCGAUUCCCGGAGUUCCGCACAACAAGGACUCUGCCGGGCGCCUUCUGGGGGACGCUCCGUAUUUCAAGCAGUACGAGAAGGCAGCGCGUUUCCGAACCAGGUUCUUCUACGACCUCGUCUCGAAGCACAAAUCCCCCCUCGCCCAGUUCUUUCCCGGGCCUUUUGCUCGUCCGUUCCUCGUCCUCGCCGACUAUCGUGAGGCCCAGCGUCUGAUGUCCAAGCAGAGCAAGGAUCUGAGUCGGGGGUUUCUCAACAACGUUGUCUGGAGUUUCUUCCUGCCAAACCACUUCAUCGCCAUGGAGGACUCUCAUCCGUCGUUCAAGAAGUCGAAGUUCCUCACAAAGGAUUUGAUGACCAACAACUUCCUUCAUACGGUAUCGGCCCCGGCCUCACACCAGGCCGUUUCGAACUUUGUAAAACUCUGGAAGCAAAAGGCCGCGAUCGCCCAAGGGUUGCCUUUUGAAACCACGAGGGACCUUGAAGGCCUCACUUACGACAUCAUGAUGACGGCCAUCUUUGGGAAGGGAGAGGGAGAAGGCAUGACGAUGCAGCAGUCCCAGGCAUUGCUGAACGACACAGUCAAAACAGACGGUACCGCAAAGGUCGCGUCGUUUCCGCCGGCCGCCGACCCCGAGAUCCUCCAAGCCCACCAUGACUUGAACGUCUCGAUUACGGGGGCCUUCGGAUCCCUUUUUCCCAGAGUAUUUUUCUUUUUCGAAAAGUUCCGCCCACGCACGCGCCGGGCGCUUGCCACGAAGCGAGACUUCGUCCAGGCCGAGAUCGGCCGCUCUGUCGCGCAGUUGACGGCGAAUAGCCCGGGGGGGAAGCCGGGCAACCAACUCGCGUCGGCGGCAGACUAUGUCAUUUCCCGCGAGAGAACGGCAGCCGAGACCGAGGGACGACAGCCCGUGUACGACAGCAUGGAGUUAAACGAUAUGCUUUGGGGUUACUUUGGCGGCGGGCAGGAUUCUACCCACAGCACGUUGUGCUUCACGGUGAAGAACCUCGGGAUGCAUCAGGGCGCCCAGUCCGAACUACGACGCGCUCUCCGUCAAGCCCACCACGAAGCACACACUCGGGAGCCCACCGUCCAAGAGAUCAUCAGGACGCAGGUGCCCUACCUGGAUGCCUUUAUCGAGGAAACUCUUCGCCUAUGCAGUCCCGCCGGAGCCAUCACGAAGGAAACGGCUUGCGAUACGAUAGUUUCCGGCCACGCCAUCCCGAAGGGCACCCCAAUAAUGAUCCUGCUCACGGGCCCGACGUUCACUCAGUCCGGGGUCCGGCCCCCGGAGAAGCUCUCGGAGGGCGGCGUCAGCGACUGGUCCUGCAGCGAGUACCCGGCCGAGGGCUUCCACCCGGAACGAUGGCUGCGGAGCGACGAGAAUGGUUAUGUGAGAUACGACAACAACGCCGGGCCCUUUUUGAGCUUCAGUACCGGCCCGAGGGGAUGCUGGGGGAAGCGGCUGGCGUACCUGGAGCUCAAGCUCAUCGUGACGUUGCUGGUAUGGAAUUUUGAGUUCCUGAAAUUGCCUGCCGAGCUCGAGGACGAUGGCUUGACGGAGGGGCUCUUUACGAAGCCCAAGUCGAGCUUGGUGAGUCUGAAGGCGAUAACGGGAUGA